CUUUGAGCGUCUUUAGGCUGGAGUUUUGCUCACGAAUCGUGGCUGUUUCGUCAGUGGGAUGGCCACGACCCAUGGAUGAGACGGUGUCACUAUGACCGGGUGCCGCUCAACGAGCAAGAACACGAAGUCGAGGAGGAGCCAUGUCAGUUGCCGAGACGUUGCCGUGGCCUGGUUCUGAGUCUUCUCGUGGGUGCACUCUGCUGGAUCCUGGUGACGAGACUCCCAGAGGAUGUGCUUGUUGCCCCUCGCAGCAACCUGAACCACGUCGAGUUUGUGUCGGCUGCGGACAAUUCAGAUCCUCCAGACACCGAGGAGGUGCUUGUUGCCCCUCGCAGCAACCUGAACCACGUCGAGUUUGUGUCGGCUGUGGACAAUUCAGAUCCUCCAGAUACCGAGGAGGGGUGCCCGGGUGAGUGCAACCUUGCUGUGCCUUGUCGCGACGACCUGCUACGAGACAAUACGGAUCUGUUCUUCUGGAAAUUGCCGGACAGCCCGGGCUGCGCAGAGUGUGUGUCGGUGAACCUGAAGUCCCUUCCGAACCAUCCGGACUUCAAACUCCGCUUCCGCGUGAAAGUCCUGGCACCAGAUCGAGCAGUAAAGCUGACAUUCGCUCCUGGCACGGCAUUUCACAGGGACUUUGCCUAUGUCCUAAGCAAUCCUGCAAAGCCUGGCGAAGAAUUCUUUGACUUUGUGCUCUUGCCUGGAGACAAGGUGAGCCAGGUGAGAGCCUUUAGCAAGAAGCUACCGCUGGGCAGCCCUGACCCUGCCACCUUUUCCUUGAAGAUCAAAGACCGGAACUUCCCAGAUGACAACUUGCUACAGGUCAAUGAUGCGACCAAGGAUGUGAUUUUUGAAGUCACUUUGUUGUACGUGAAGCCCGAGACUGGACCUGCAGAGAACUUCAUCUUCGAGUGCGAUGCAACUUGCGUCAUCCCGAGACAGUUCGAGAAUGACGACCACUGUGACUGCGAAGACUGCUCCGAUGAGGACACCUGGAGCUGCAGCACUUGUGCUGACACAAAUUCCACAAAUUCCACAAACACCACAACCACCACAAGUUCCACGACUACCACAAGUUCCAGCUCGAGUACUACCUCAACCAGUUCCUCAACCAGUUCCUCAACCAGUUCCUCAACCAGCUCCUCAACCAGCUCCUCAACCAGCUCCUCAACCAGCUCCUCAACCAGCUCCUCAACCAGUUCCUCAACCAGUUCCUCAACCAGCUCCUCAACCAGCUCCUCAACCAGCUCCUCCACUGUCACUACCACCACCACCAGCACCGUGACCACAACUUCAACCACAAUCACCACCACGACCACCACCACAAAGACUCGGGUGGGCCCUCCAGUGGUGAUCAAGGAGCAGGAGGCGGCGAUCGGCGCGGCCAUUGGCACCAGCCUCGCUGCAGGCUUGGGCAUUGCCUUGGGUGUGGGUUUGGGCCUCUCGCCGGCCAUCGCCGGAGCCUUCCUCGCGACGGGUCGCUUUACUUUGUUGGUGAAGGAUCCAGAGGACUUUGAGCGCGAUGAGCGCGCGACACAGGCGCUGAAGCGGGCGGUCGCCGAGUUGGCCGGGCCACAGGUGACCGAGGCCGCUGUGACCUUGGUCUUCGGCUGCAUCGCCACGGCGGCCGGUGGCAUCCGAGGGCGGCUGGCGCGGAUGUUGCAGAGGAUGCUGGAUGUGUGCUUCCAGGUGGAACUGGCAGGGGAGAUCACAAGUGAAGAGGUCUGCCAACGUCUCUCGUCCUUCAACAGCGCUGUGGCGGCGCAAAUCAUCAAUCGCUAUCUCUCGGAAGCGGGCCUUGACCCGGAUGCCGUGGAGGUGGUGCGCUGGAGCGCCGAUCCCAAUCCCGUGGCCGGGAACCCGGUGGUGGGGAAUCCCACCGCGCCGGGGCUUCCAGGCUCUCAGGACGAGUUCACUCCACCCUCGGGGGUGUUCUUCGGGCGACUGAAGUGAGACAUGAAAUGGUGGAACGAAAGGAGUUCCGCGCUGUUUUGAGUGGGAGAGCAAAGAAAGAAGAGGUUCUCAAGCACGGUAGGUUUUUGGUUGUGGUGGGUCAAGUGGAAAUGUGCUGGAACCGUUUGUGUGCAUAUAGUGGAAGACUACGCCUUGAUUUUGAGUCCUUUGGAUCCGCUGUUCGUUGAUGGUAGCUAGGCUAAUCUAGUGCGAUCUUUGAUGGCUGAUGGAGCUCAAAUCAGACUACAUAACGUGAGUCUUGGUUGUGU